AUCUGCCCCGAACCGGAUAAAAACCGAAAUUAGGAACCGAUUCGUCACGUGAGGGAAACGUGGGGUUGGUUGUAACCAAGAGGGUAGAGUAGUCAUUUCAUUACUCGUAAUUUUGCAUUUUAGAACCCUAGACACGCUAGGGUUUAUAUACUUCGCCGCGGCGUCCUCCGUUAUCUCUUUCGAUUCCAGCUUUCCCUUCCCGGCCGGAGUUUUCUCGCAGCCCGAAUCCCAAAUGGCGUCGGAGAAGAAGCUAUCGAACCCAAUGAGGGACAUCAAAGUGCAGAAGCUGGUCCUCAACAUCUCCGUCGGUGAGAGUGGAGAUCGUCUCACCAGAGCCUCCAAGGUCUUGGAACAGUUGAGUGGCCAGACUCCUGUCUUCUCCAAAGCGAGAUACACUGUUCGUUCUUUCGGUAUCAGACGUAACGAGAAGAUCGCUUGCUACGUCACCGUCAGGGGAGACAAGGCAAUGCAACUCCUUGAAAGUGGACUCAAGGUUAAAGAGUAUGAGCUCUUGAGAAGGAACUUUAGCGACACUGGUUGCUUCGGUUUUGGUAUUCAGGAGCACAUUGAUUUGGGUAUCAAGUAUGAUCCUUCGACUGGAAUCUACGGUAUGGACUUCUAUGUUGUUCUUGAGCGUCCUGGUUACCGUGUGGCGCGUCGCAGAAGAUGCAAGGCUCGUGUUGGUAUCCAGCACAGAGUCACCAAAGAUGAUGCCAUGAAAUGGUUCCAAGUUAAGUACGAAGGAGUCAUCCUCAACAAGUCUCAGAAUAUUACUGGUUGAAACCAUCUGUCUCGAACAGAGAUCUAUAAACUGUGUUUUUGUUUGUCCCCUCGGUUUCGAAUCGUGUUUUGUUUUGCUUUUAUGUUCUCUUCUAUACAUUUGAAUAUCAUUAUUGCCUAUCUACAAUGCUUUCAUGGCU